AUGAAUCAUUUAAAUUUGGAAUUAGAAUGUGAACAUCCAAAUCGAAAAGUUAAUGAAUUUAUUGGGACAUUACAUUUUGGGAAUGAUCGAUUACCUCUAAAUAUUACUCAAUUUUUAUUGCGAGGAGCAAAACUUAAAAACUGUAAAUGGGUUUGUGGGGUUGUAGUUUAUACAGGCCAUGAAUCUCGUCUUUUAAUGAAUUCAGCAGCAGCUCCCAUAAAAACUGUUAUUGGUUCGGAAUUUUUUAAUUGGAUUUUGGGCAAGAGUUUUUAUAUUAAUAUGUUUGAACGUUGGUCUUUCCUUUGGAAUGCCCUUACAUUUUUUAUACUUUACAAUAAUAUUAUUCCGAUUAGUCUUCAAGUUACUUUAGAAGUUGUACGUUUUUUCCAAGCCGGAUAUAUUAAUCAGGAUUUAAAAAUGUAUGAUGAAAAUGUUGACAUCCCUGCUAAUGCUAGAACUUCUAAUUUAAAUGAAGAAUUAGGCCAAAUCAAAUAUUUAAUGACUGAUAAAACUGGAACAUUGACAAGAAAUGUUAUGAAAUUUAAAAGAUGUCAAAUUGGUGGGAUAGAUUAUGGGGACGAUAAUCAUGAUGAAUUCUCUGAUGGUAAUCUUUUGAAAGAUUUGUCUGACGGAAAGGAAAAUUCCGAGUUAAUAUAUGAAUUUAUGUUGAUGUUAGCUUGUUUUGUUCCUGAACAUAAAGAGAAUGGCGAAAUUAAUUUUCAAGCAACUUCCCCUGAUGAAGGUGCUCUUGUUCGAAUGGCAGCAAAUAAUUCUUUUAUAUUUAAUGAGCGUAGACCAACCGAAAUUUUUGUUCAGACGCCUUAUGGAUUGGAAUCUUUUGAUUUAUUAAAUGUGUUAGAAUUUACAAGUGAUCGAAAGAGGAUGAGUGUAAUUCUAAAGGAUAAAAACAACAAAAUUAAACUUUACUGCAAAGGAGCUGAUAAUAUUAUAUUUGAUCGUCUUUCUUCUGAACUAAAUUUAGCUCAUUCUUUGGAAAGUGCGACUCAGGCAUUAAAUGAUUAUGCUCAAAAAGGGUAUCGAACCCUUUGUUUUGGAAUGAGAGAGCUUGAGCCAGAAUUUUAUUCAAAUUGGAUAGAGGAAUUUAAAACAUCUUCAACAUCAUUGGAAAAAAGAGAAGAAAAAUUGGCAGCAGUUUCAGAGAGAGUUGAAUGUAAUUUGCGAUUAAUUGGAGUUUCUGCUAUUGAAGAUAAAUUACAAGAGAAUGUUCCAUUAACUAUUCGUACAUUGUUAAGUGCUGGAAUUUUUAUUUGGAUGCUUACUGGUGACAAAUUGGAAACGGCUAUUCAAAUCUCCCAUUCUUCUUCGAUAACUUCAAAAGAUACAAAAUUAAUGAAAAUUGUUGAGAAAUCAUUCGAAGCAGUUUUGGCCAAACUUAAAUUUUUUAUUAAUUCGGCCAACCAAUAUAUUGAAUCUGGAACUGAAUUUGCUUUAGUUAUUGAUGGCGGGAGUUUACAUCAUGCAUUUAUUGGCGAAGCCCGCCCCUUCUUCUCAGAAUUAAUUGGUAAAUGUCAAGCGGUUAUUUGUUGUAGAAUGACACCAAUUCAGAAAGCUGAAAUUGUUCAUAUAGUUAAAGUGCUUAAAGGAUCUGUUUUAGCCGUAGGUGAUGGGGCAAAUGAUGUAGCAAUGAUUCGAAUUGCCAAUGUUGGAGUUGGAAUAACUGGUGUGGAAGGUUUACAGGCUGCUUCUGCAAGUGAUUAUUCAAUUGCACAAUUUCAAUAUUUAACACGUCUCAUUCUCAUCCAUGGUACUUGGAACUACGAAAGGACUGUUAAAGUUAUUCUAUAUAGUUUCUACAAAAAUAUUUGUCUUUACAUAAUUGAAUUGUGGUUUGCUUUUUUCUCUGCAUUUUCUGGUGUUACAAUUUUCGAACGCUGGUCGAUUGCUUCGUUCAAUAUGUUCUUUACUGCUUGGCCUCCAAUCAUUCUUGGGCUUUUUGACCGGCCAAUUUCACAAAAACUUAUUUUAAAGCAUCCAAGACUUUAUCAAAGCUUUCAGAAAAUGGCCUUUUCCAAUUAUGUAAAUUUUCAACUCUUUUUUAAUUUAAUUAAAACUUUAGAGAUUUGUGCUAUGGGUUUCUUUGUCGUUGUGGCACUCACUUUUAUUGUUUUUCUUUAA